UAUCUUAGCAGAAUUCGAUCGGUUCUUUGUAAUAUGGGCUUUCUGUUUCAACUUGCUAGAGACUAGAAUGAAGAACUCACGUCUAGCUUGUGGCUCAUAUGACUACAGUGGCUCUUUCAAGCUGAUAAUGCAGGAUGUUAGAUAGCUUCACUCAAGAUUUGGCAGCAAAGUGGGCCCCAAGGUUAUAAAUUUGAUUGCUCGGAGAUAAAAAACCACUUUUUCGAGGAUUCGCGUCGAAUAAAUUUCCAAGCUCAAACAUUGACAUCCAAAGUUUGAGCGUUUUGAGAAGAGUUAGUUUGUCAUUUCCUCAUUCUCUUUUAAUCACCAGAAGUCAGCAAAUGGACGCUAUCUCCAUGUCAUUAUAUAACUCCACGAUCUCCAAACUAUAGGAGCAGCAGUGGAUUCUUUAUAAAGUUCUGGAUAGUGUGAAGGUUGAGACUUUUUGUGCGCGCUUGUUACAACUUUGUAGAGUUAAAACAUCCGACCUAGAAUGAAGAACUCACAUUAAUCUAGUAGACGCCAGCAUGUCUUCCAUUAUACACACGACUGUUUGAGUCGAAUGACUAUGGAGGUGGCUCUUUCAAGCUGACACUUCGUGCAAGAUAGCUCCCCUUUAGAUUUGACAGCAAAACGGACCGUCGGGUUUUAAAUUUAAUUGUUAGACAAUAAAAAACCAUUUUUUCGAGGAUUCGCCUCGAAAUUGCCAAAACCAAGAACUGUAGAUGGAGUGCAAAACUGGAAGAUUUCCAAACCAUCUUGUCAUUCUGAGCAUCAUCGUUCUUCCAAUUAGUCCCUAUUGUCAAUUCAACAACGAACAAGAGGAGAAAAGAACAUGCAAUAAUUAAAUCAUCUUCUAUACCCCAAGAAUGGGCACACUACUACUACUACUACUAACAAGGACUGCAGUUGUAUAAGUAAUCAAGAACUGAAAUACAGCUUGUCCUCGCUGAUAAAAGCAGAGGACAUUAGUUGAGGAUCUAAAUACGGACGAGACAAAGGACGAUGACAACGCGCCUUUUUAGGUGAUGUGAAUCUCUGCC